UUUCGAAUGUGCCGCUUCGAAGCAAUAUUUGCUGGGGCCCACUUUUCAGAUCUUCUGACGUGCCUUCAUAAAGUGGGCCUCAGAGGGAAGGAUGCCUGGCACUUUUUCGAUGUGAUGAGUUGGAACAAAAUGGCGGACUCUCUGGAGGAAAUCGUUCCUCGAGAACCAAGCUCGGCUAUCUUUUCCAGAGCAGAUUUCAUGAAGGAAUCUUUUAGUGUGGAUAGCUUUGUUGGAAGCUGCAAAGGGAGCGUUCCUCUAGAUGCUCUGAAAGCAAAUUUAGAUGAUUAUUUGAAGUCAUUAAAACAUGCCCUGAUUGAGUUGAUCAACGAGGAUUAUGCCGACUUCGUGAAUUUGUCCACAAACCUGGUUGGAAUGGAUAAGAACAUUGCCAGUUUGUCAGUUCCUUUAGGACAACUGAAAGAAGAAGUAUUGCUCAUUAAGUCUGAUCUUGAUGGAACUAUUGAUGCAAUACAAAACAAACUAGAUGAAAGAGCAUUGCUGAGACAGAAAAAGAUGUGUAUGCAACAUUUAUUGAACAUCACAAAGUCACUGGAGAAGAUCGAGAGACUAUUACAAGGGUCAAGGCUAACCCAGGAUGUGUCCUCCAAAGAACCCGAAGGGGAUGAUGACUCACACCUGAUUGAGAGAGUGGCCAGUGAGUUUAAUCAGCUGCAGUUUUAUGUUACUCAGAGUCAAGGUCAUCCAUUGGUGGAAAGCAUCAGAGGGCGUAUUGCAGCCAUAACAAGCACCCUUCAAAAGAAAUUGGAAGCAGCAUUUCAAGAAGGACUCCAGACUGGAGAGCUGAAUCUGCUAUCUCGUGUUCUAAGAACAUAUGCCAUCAUUGACAAGACAAAAGAUGCUGAAAUGUUGUUCAGAGAAGUUACUGUAAAGCCUUACAUGAGUGAGGUUAUUGUUGAGAAGGCACUGACUACAGAUUCUUCACAGGGUCUCUACAAUGUCUAUAACAAGGUUCUUGAGUUUGUUCCCAAACACUGUGCACAGAUGAUGAACAUAACAUCAGGAAGGUUUGUAGCCAGUGAUGUGGAGAUGUUUGGUGAACAGAGGGCAGGAAUUCGAGGCUUUGACUUUUUAGUGAAUGCUGUGUGGCCUGAAGUCAUGAGUCUCGUUGAGGCACGGUUUGGAUCAAUCUUUGCCCCUGGAAAUCCAGAUGCUUUUCAUCAGGUCAGUAAUUUGUUAAAAAUAAAGAUACUUUUACUGUCAUGCUUGAGUCCCAAUUAAGAUGUCGUGCUUCUGCUGUGCUGAACUAAAUUCAGGAAUUAAGUUCAACAAAAGCACUGCAGAAGUACAGCAUCUGAAUCAAGCUUAAGUUUGGCAAGCAAUAUUAAAGUUCGACAAGCUCUGCCAUGCUGCAUGACUCUUACAUGGCAGUGAUUCAAAUGUUAUACUUCUUCUGCACCAAACAAAAUUUGUAAAUUAUAUUACAUGUAAUGUAUUUUGGUGGGAUUCCAUAGCUGUGGGGAGUUGAUAGGAAAAUAAUUAUGCUCCCUCAUCAUAGGCCUGCAGUGCAUGCAGAGAGCUAGAUAAUA